ACUUAAGUCUCUUUCCCGCUCAAGACAGGAGGACAUUUACGUAAAUUCAGCUAUACAGAAAUUAGGGUUCUCGCAGUCUCGCUUAUUCACCCGCCACCCGCUUAGUCUUGAGACUUCACAAAUCAGGGCUCUGGCUCUCGCAGAAUGCUUACACUCCUUUCUUUACUUCUCUGCUCUUUGAUGAUACUCAGAUACAGGUCAUUUCUGCAUCAAUUUCUCUCUGAUUAUAGCGUUUGUUGCUUUAAUGGAAGCUUUUAUUUAUAUUUACUUUUUUCCUUUCCUGAUUUCAAUUCAAAGAAAGUGUUGCUCAGUUUGCUCAAGAACAUGUAACUCCUCACGCCGAAAAAGUCGAUAAAGCUAAUAGUUUUCCGCAGGUUGAUUUUCAUGUGCAUCUUUAUGGUGUAUUUGUAUGAGAGUAUUGCCAAUCUCAUAUCCAUCACUCUACCUAAUUUUAUUCAUAUCCGCCAGUUAUAAGCUAAAAUCGUCUGAUUAAUACCAAAACACUCAGAAUAACUCAUGAUCUUUGUCUACUAAAUCAUCUUUAUUAUUUGUCUUUUGUUCUUAUAUCUUUACUUUCAAUUCUUCUUCUUAUUGUUUUUUACUUCAAAGCGAGUAAAGAUGGCUUUGAUCUGUAUUUUACUUCUUAUUGUUUUUUACUUUCAAUUCUUCUUCUUAUUUUUAGUUUUCCUUUGAACUUUAUUCCUUGGGCUGGCAUCCUAAUAUGCUUUCUUUUGAUGCUUCCUCUAAAAAUAAUGUCAAACCAAAGGCAUACCAUGAAAAUCAUUCCCAUUAAUGAAAGUAGCAAUAAAUUUGAGAUGAGGGUGACAUACCAGUUACUUGCUUCUACAUUGACCAAAGAGAGGUUGCAAAUAAGUUGAAGAUUAAAAGCGAGAGGGAUACUGAGAGAUCACAGAAGAGUGAAACUGAACAAAAUUGUAUUUUUAACACCUUCCGAAUAGCUAAACCAUACAAAAUGUCCAAAUCCACAUCUCAGUUUAAAUGAAGCAGAAUAGUAUUAUUAAAUUAUUCUUAAAAGUAUUGUUAAGGAUAUCUCUAUAAUGCCAAAAUCAUUAAGGGUAAUUUGAAAUAAGUGAUACAUCCAAACAAGGACAACUUUCUUAUUAGUACUUAAUUAAGUCAUCUUUAGUUCCAAGGUAUGACCUUUAUUUUUGUGAUUCAAUGUAGUUGUCUUUUAUGAAGUUUGGGUGAUGUGAUAACUCUAUAAUUCAACUAACCAGGUAUCUUUUUUUUCACCUUAACAAAUGUGGUUUAUGGAUGAAAGAUUGCUUUGAUAUACGAAGUAUUUUGUUUGGUAGCUAUCCUUUGGAUGGCUAAUGGCUUAUUACUCUGUUUGGUGUCCAAUUACUUAAAUUGUUUCAAAAACUUAAUUCCUGAUUCCUUUUUAUAUAUCCUUUUCCACUAUCUAUGAAUCCUCAUACUAAUUUAAAUGCUCAUGAAUGUGCCACUCUUUUUUCUUUGACUGCAAAAAUAUGGCCAGACACACAUCCUUUUACCAACUUCAAAGGAUUCAAUGCCUAGAGUUUAACUUAACGGGAUUUGUUUAUGCUUUAUAGUUUGCUUUAAGUAAGCAUAAUUCAAAGAAAUUGAUGUCAGUGAGUUUGCAUAUAUCCCCAUCUUUUCACUAAGCUAAAUCCUUCAAAAAGAGUACUCUUUUAUUAUUUACUCAGUUAUCUGAAUUAAAUGUAGUUUUCUUUUAUGAAGUCUGGGUGAUGUGGUAACUCUAUAAUUCAACACAGUACUAAAUAAAAAGUUGCUCACACCAUUUUCUGAAAAUCUUUUCCCUGUGUACAAUUAUUUCAUGUUAACAUUUAAAUUGUUUCUUGAGCAUGGUUCAUUAGAACCUAAAAAAUCGUUUUUAAACUAUGUUUUUUUAGUCCUGGUAAUGAACCAAACUCCUGAAGAGGUUUGGGUGGGAGCAAGGGAACAUCCCACCAUUUUAUUUGAAUGAAGGACGUUUAUAAACUACGUAUCUAUCUCUCUGUUUGUGUAUAUACUCACAUUGAUGUGUAUAGUUCACUUUUUUGUAUAGUAUAAUUUAGUCAAAAGUUUAUAACUUAAUGAUAUUUAAUCUAUAUGAUGUGUGUACGAUGUUCAUUCCCUGCAUUUUUCAGUGUGACAAAUUGGUUUGCAAAAUCAGUGAAAAAAGCAAAGUCUACAAGGAGUUGAAUGACAAGAAAAGACUGGCCACAAGCGGUGCUAACUUUGCCGGAGCCUAUAUUGUUCAGUUUGGAACAUGCAAUUUCCCUGAAAAUUUCACUGGCUGCCAAGACCUUGCCAAACAAAAGAAAGUAGCAUCCAUCACUGAUGACUUGGAAUUGGAAUGUGAAGGUAAGGAUAAACACAAGUGCGGUUCCAAUGUUUUCUGGAAAUGGUGAAGUGUGUAAGCAUGUGAUCACCAUUCCUAAGAAGUAUUUACAUAUCAUUUCCUCCAUGACUCCAUGUAAAACCUUUAACUCAUGAGAUGUUUCGGAUUCCUAAUGGCUAAUGCAUAUAAUUGUUAGUACCUACUAAUCUAACUUUUAAAUUUUAAAUAAGACGAGAAAUUUCUCCAAAAAAAAGCAAUGUUUUUACUAAUCCAUGUCGCUUAAUGGAUAACUAUCAAUUGCAUCUUUAUUGAGCAAUAUUUUUACCUCAUAAACUCAAGUGUAUGGCAAAAGAAUGAUGUGUAUUCUAAAUAGAGAGACAUCAUUUGUAGUAUUUAACUCCUGAAAUAAGUUUCAACUUUCAAGUGUACUUAAAAUAUCCCGUUCGAUAUAUGAACUUUUGUGUAUGUUUCAUGUUUGCUAAUAUUUCUAAUUUUACUUCAUAUAAGCUUCACGUAUCCGGAUGAUUUCAAUUAACUUUGUAAUAGGUUGUUCCCCGUGCAACGCACGGGUAAAAGACUAGUUUUCCUUUAAAGUAUCUACAUUAACAAAUCUAGUUAUUUUACAUUUUUUUAAUGCUAGAAAUAUAUUAUAUCGAAUUUCAAAUGAAGCAAAAAAAUACUUGAAACUCUCUACGCUAUGUAGGGUUUCUCAUCCGCCGAUUGAGUUCGUGCGGCAGUGCUGGCUUUCUGCAAUUGCUAGUUUAUCAUUUGAGCUUUUCAUUUUUUAUUGGAGAAUUUAUAUCGAAGUGGGAUGAGGCUCCACCUUCAUGCAUUAUCUUGGCUUACUAAGUCAGAGAUUUAGGUGUUUUCUCUCUAGGGCUUCAACUAUGUCGGCCGCUGGAGCCUUUUUCCGAUUUCGACUUUGUCGAAGAUCGGCUUUGCUAUCCCUUGGUCGCUGGUGCUCGGCUGGAGUCCAGGUCAGACGCGGAGGGCGGAGAUCGGUGGAGGAGGGCGGAUUUGCUUUCAUGGCUCGAGGAGAUCGGCGUUGUGGUCAAGGUUCGAGGAUGUGACGUUGCUGUUGUUGGAGAAGAUCGGCGCCGCCUAUCCGCUUACUCUGGUCGCACAGAGUAGGGAUGAGUUUGGUUAUGCAUGGUCUUUGGCAGCCAAAGGUCAUGGAUGAUCAAUUAGCAUGGUACCGGUGGUACGACCUCCUCCUGAACCACCACCAUGGGAUGUACGAGGUGCUAGAGUUUGUGAAUGUUUUUCUUGUAGUUUUUAUUUGUUUGUUAUUUGUUUUCUUGUGUCCAUUUUUGUUGUUUGUUUUGAUAGUUUGUUUGAGUUUUUUGUCUCUCUUUAUGUCAUUGGGUAUGGUUGGAUCUAUGGGAACAUGUUUGGCUGUGUCAAACCUACUACAUGGUUAGCGAUUCGUGUUGCUCUCUCAGGGGUGACCGUAUCAAAGUCUCACCAUAGGGUUACAGUCGUAUUUGUUGGAGUUUCAGUUGGUGUCAGUUUUAUUUUCCCUUUGCUUGAUGUAACGAUCAUGAAUAGUCCUGUUUUGAUGAUAAAAAAUGCUAGAAAUAUAUUAUACGAAAGAUCUCAUAGCUCUGGCAUAUGGAG